UUCUCUCUCUCUCUUCCUCCUUCUCUCUGCAAGAAAAGAAAAAAGAAAGUAAGAAAAGAAAGAAAAAUAGCACUAAAGCUGUUCUGAAAAAUAAUAAUAAUAUCUUCUAUUUGCUUAGGAUCUCACCUACUUAAUAAAAACCCACGGAUAUAACUUACAUAGACAUACCUUCUUCACUCUCUUUUCUGCUCUCUCUUCCUCUUUGACUAUCUAUCUUUAUAUGUAAAGGGUUCUUGUUUGUGUUGUGAUAUAAAGAAUUAAUAUAUAGAAGGAGAAGAAGAAGAAGAGGAGGAGGAGGCAAGAAUUGAAUAUAAUUUGUGUUUUUAGUACCAUUUUCUUGAUAAAUGGAGAAGAAACCGUCAGAUAUUGAUGAAGAUAUUGAAAAUCAAGAAGAAGAACGACAGCAACAACAUUUUCAUGUGUUGGCUGUGGAUGAUAGUGUUAUUGAUAGGAAGCUUUUAGAAAGAUUGCUUAGAAAUUCUUCUUACCAAGUAACUUGUGUGGACUCCGGAAAUAAAGCAUUGGAAUAUCUGGGGUUGCUUGAUAACCUAGAAAAUCCAUCUACUGAUUCUUCCUCCUCCCAAUCAACUCAACAAGAGGGGAUGAAGGUCAAUUUGAUCAUGACAGACUAUUGCAUGCCUGGGAUGAGUGGUUAUGACUUGCUAAAAAGGGUCAAGGGUUCUUCUUGGAAAGAUGUCCCAGUUGUUGUUAUGUCAUCAGAAAAUAUACCUUCUAGAAUCAGCAUGUGCUUGGAAGGAGGAGCUGAGGAAUUCUUGUUGAAGCCUCUUCAACUGUCAGAUAUGCAGAAACUGCAGCCUCAUCUUCUAAAAUCCCUUGACCAAUCUUGUAAAGAAGCAAUUGAUGAAAAAAAUGGAAUUGAGAUGGAAAAGAAUAACAGCAGCAAUAACAACAACAACAACAAUAAUAAUAAUAGCAAGAGGAAGGCAAUGUCUGAAUCUGAAGAGCCCCCAGAGAGAAGACCAAAAAUGGGACUUGCAGUUGUACAGAUUUAGCUAUAACUAGCUACUAUCAUUUAUAAUAUUACAUAGUUUUUCUAACUAUGUACAUGGCUUUAUAUAAUCUUGGGUGUGAGAUUUUUCAAAGAGUAAAAUAGGAGCUUAACAGAUUUCUCUGAGUUUCAUAAA